AUGAAAGUGUUUAUAUCGUCCUUGAAUGUUCCUAUAGGUUACACCACACCAUCGUUCCCAUCGUUAUAUUGGCCGUUGGGACAUACGUCAUCUAAGUUCUCAUCAUCACUUUUAUACUAUUCAGCAGAUGUUUGGAGAUUCACAGUGUUGUGGUUUUUAAUUGCAUUCAGUGGUGUUUACGUAGUGGCUGCCUUCAUAGCUUCCAUUAAUUAUUUGAUUUACAGUCAGAGAAAUAAUUACGGAGGGAAAUCAUGCUUUGUGACCAUACUAAUGAUAUGGUGUACUUAUCUUACAUCAGGAUUAUUCAUUGCAACUAUUGGAGGGUCAGUAGUAGGAUUGAUUAUACUGGCUAUAUAUAAAGCAGGUUCAAUGACUAUGAGUACAUGGAUACCUUUUGUUUGGGCUUUGGUAGGUGUGUUAUAUGACAUUUCCACCAGUUAUCUGAAUAGUCUGAUGACUUUAUGA